AUGAGGUUUUGGACUCUAAUUGUUUUCUCCCUAGCCUUAUUCUCUUCAAUAUCAGCUGAACAAUGUGGUAGACAAGCUGGGGGUGCUCUAUGCCCAAAUGGGCUGUGUUGCAGUGAAUUUGGGUGGUGUGGCUCCACACCUGACUACUGCACAAAGAAUUGCCAGAGCCAAUGCAGUGGUGGUGCAACUCCGACACCCUCCAACCCAACCCCAUCCCCAGGUGGUGGCAGCGGUGGUGAUGUCGCCUCCCUCAUUAGCUCGUCUCUCUUCGAUCAAAUGCUUAAAUAUCGAAACGAUGCAAGGUGCCCCAGUAACGGCUUCUAUACGUACAAUGCUUUUAUCAAUGCUGCACAAUCUUUCAAUGGCUUUGGCACAACUGGUGACACGAAUACGCGUAAAAGGGAGCUUGCGGCAUUCUUGGCUCAAACCUCUCAUGAAACAACAGGUGGCUGGCCUGCGGCACCAGAUGGUCCAUAUGCAUGGGGAUAUUGCUUCAUUAGGGAAAGAAACAACCCAGGUACUUUCUGUACUUCCCCAGACUGGCCAUGCCCUCCUGGUAAACAAUACUAUGGCAGAGGACCCAUCCAACUCACUCACAACUACAACUAUGGGCAAGCAGGAAGAGCAAUUGGGUCAGAUCUUAUAGACAAUCCUGAUCUAGUGGCUACAGACGCCAUCAUAUCAUUCAAGACGGCCGUAUGGUUCUGGAUGACUCCACAAGCGAACAAGCCGUCGAGUCAUGACGUCAUUACAGGAAGAUGGACACCGUCUGCUGCCGAUAGGUCAGCCGGUCGACUUCCGGGUUUUGGUGUCAUCACCAACAUCAUUAACGGCGGGCUCGAGUGCGGCAAGGGUGCCAAUGAUAAGGUGGCUGAUCGGAUUGGAUUUUACAGGAGGUAUUGUGACAUGUUGGGAGUGAGCUACGGGGACAACCUGGAUUGCUACAAUCAACAGCCUUUUGCGCCAUGAAAUUGCUAGGAAUCUAUGUAUUAGGCCACCUACCAAAUGGCUGAUUAGUAGUGGUGCAAUAAGGAUAAAGCAAUAAUAUGUAAGAUUGAUUUCGUUGUUGAAAUAAGUUCUUCAAUAUAAGUUUGAAUUUUUUAACACCUUU